AUGGCGAUGGUGGAGGUUGGUGGUGGAGAUACCAACGUGCAGCAUGGGGUGACCUUGACCAUACCAAAAGACGAGACCCCACCUUCUCCCGCCACUUUUACUCUUCAGUUCUCCCAAAAGUUGAUAGCAGAGUUGCUUGCGACGUACUUCUUGGUAUUUGCAGGUUGUGGUGUGAUUACGGUGAAUAUCGACAAGAACAAUGUCGUGGGCCAACCGGGAAUAGCCAUCGUAUGGGGGGCGGCAGUGAUGGUGAUGGUUUUCUCUGUCGGCCACAUCUCCGGUGCUCAUAUCAACCCUGCAGUCACCAUUGGUCUUGCCUCUUGCAGGAGGUUCCCCUGGAAAGAGGUCCCCGGAUACAUUGUGGCUCAAAUCCUGGCAUCAAUCCUAGCGAGCGGAACCCUACGAUUAAUAUUCAGCGGACCGCAUGAUCAUUUUGUGGGGAAUGUCCCAAUCGGGUCCGAUAUCCGAUCCUUUGUGAUGGAAAUCAUCAUCACAUUCUACCUCAUGUUUGUCAUCACUGCUGUUGCCACCGAUAAUCGAGCUACCGGAGAACUAGCAGGUGUUGCCAUCGGAGGAACUAUUCUACUCAAUGCCAUGUUUGCAGGGCCAAUAUCAGGGGCAUCAAUGAACCCUGCAAGAAGCAUAGGGCCAGCACUCGUGUGGAACCAAUACAAAGGGUUAUGGGUUUACGUGGUGGGACCGAUGGUUGGAGCCAUAGGUGGUGCAUGGGCAUACAACACCAUACGGUUUACAGAUAAGCCGUUGUCUGAGAUAACCAAGGGUGCAUCUUUCCUGCGUCGGAUGUCGAGGUUGAGCGAAAUAUCCUUGUCAAAGGAAAAUCCUCGUUCAUCAAAGGAGUGA